UUUCCUCGGCGGCUUGACGCAGCAGGAAGAAGGUGUCCAUGAUGAGAAGUUUAAAACACAGCAGCAGCAGCAGCAGCAGCGCGGAGGAGGAAGAGGAGGAGGAGUGAUGGAAGUUUCCUCCCAGGAUCCAUCUCUCAUGGCCAUGGACCUGUCGAAGGGUUUCUCCGUCGCCCCUCUGACCCGCAGCCACACUGAAGCCAUGGACCUGGCGAAGAAGCCCGAGUGGUACCACAGACGCCCGGCGAGCUGCAGCCCGGAGAUCAGCUCCCCGUUCAGAUCCAGAGCCUCGUCCUCCUUCAGCUCUCUGUCGGCGCAGCUGCACCCGGAGCCGGGCGCGCCCGUCCACUGCCGAGACAUGGAGCAGGGCCCGGAGGCGCUGGGGAACUACAUGAACUCGACGCUAGCGCCGGGUCUGGACCUGUACCGCGACGGCGUGCACAGCAACCUGUGGCACCCGGGGUUCUACGGGCCCAACCAAAGCGGCGGCCCGGUUCCCGAGAGCAGCGGCGGGGAGGAGAGCGACAGCGGCUCGGACGUGAUUUUCUUGGUUUCCUCGGCGAAGGAGCCGCUCUUAUGCACCCCGUUCAUCCAGGACAGCGUGCGGCACAUCGUGGAGCCGCUGUCGCCGGCCGUGUCCUCGCUGGACGAGGGGAGAGGUUGUUAUCACCUUCCUCAACCUCUGAGCUCGCCCAGUCCCGACAGCUCGUACUCCGAGGACUCCUCCGAGAGCUCCGUGGACAUUCCCGUGCACCACACCAGGCCCGUGGUCCUGCUGUCCGACCUGAGCGCGGUCUACGGCAACCCCGCCGAAUCUCCGGUGGACAUUUCAAGCGACGACAGCGACGUCAUUGAGGUUUCAGUCACGAACGAGAAGAAGAACUUUCCUUGUAAGAAGAGUCUGGCGAGAGAAACUCCGCCUCAGAGCGAGGACGAGAAACCGUCCCGAGAGGUGCGGCGCAGCACCAGAAUCCGGAAACCCGUUUCGGAAAUGCCACAGUUCACCUGCAGCCCGUCGCGGCACAGCCUGAGGAGGCGAGCCAAGAACGACGCGGUGGGAAUCUACAACGAAUGCUGCGACUCCGACGACAUGAUGGAGUACGCGGCGAGGCUGUCGAGCUCAGACGAGUCGGUGACGCAGCCACAGGUGUCGCAGAGAGCGAGCAGCAACUCAGAGGAGUCUGGCGUGGACAGGAAGCCGCCGCAGAAAGAGCCGCAGCCUCGCCGCUCAGUGCCCCGAGCGAAGAGCGUCAACCAUAAACGGAAGAAGCCCCUCGCCAUUCGGAAAGCUAAAAAGUUAAGAAGAACCAAACAGAAGGGCGUCCCAACGGAGCGAAGGAACCAGUCGGCAAACGCAAAAACUGUCGUGAGGCGGAAGAAGAAGCGGCGCUCGCGGAGCGGAGCGUCGGCUCAGUUUCCUCCCCGAGAGCCGGAGAUCAAACUUAAAUAUGCAAACGUUAAAGAGGAGAAAAAGGACAAAAAAUCUGGCAGUUUUUGCCCGUUUGUUCACAUGGAGAAGAAGAUGUGCAUCGUCGUCAACUACCAGGAGGAAGAGGCGGCGGUGAGGAGCAGCCGAGGAGGAGGAGGAGGAGGAGGACCACACCAGACCAGGUCUCUGUCGGGGUUCGUUCCCAACUCCUCCUGCUUCCAGCUGUGUCGCUUCAGCUCGGAGAGCCAAUGUCAGGACUCACUGUUGUGCUGCCUGUGCGGUCACACGGCAAACGCCAUGGGGCUCGGGGACCUUCACGGCCCGUACCGCCCCACCAGCCCGCACGUGGACUACCAGAACCAGAACGGCGGCACCGAGCAGAAAGAGGAAGAACAUUUACCCGUCAAUUCCUCCGAGGGCGACCGUUCUCUCCCGAAGGUGUCUCUUCGUCUGGAUGAGUGCUGGAUCCACGAGGACUGCGGUAUCUGGUCCGCCGGCGUCUUUCUGGUACGGGGGAAGUUGUACGGGUUGGAGGAGGCGGCGCGGCUCGCACAAGAAACAAAAUGUUCAGCGUGCCAACAAACCGGUGCAAUAAUGGGAUGUUUCCAGAAGGGCUGUCCCAGGAACUAUCACUACAGAUGUGCCAUUCAGUCAGGCUGUUUCUUAAACGAAGACAACUUCUCCAUCAGAUGUCCAGAGCACAAGAACAAACUGUUCACAGGUGGAAACAGGCGACACAAAAGAUGACGUGAAAUACAUUUGGGAAGCACUGGAGAGCGAUCCUCAGAUCUCCUCAGGGUGCUACGUGAACGGCCUGAUUUCACCGCUGCAGUUUUAUUACGCUAACGGACACUAACGGACGCUAAGCGCUCGCGUUUUCCUCGAGCGGGAGGCGGGAAAACCUUCUGCUCAGAUCUCACUCGUCAUUAAAGACCAAUCAACCAGGGGCCACUCGACAACUUUUAUAAGUCUUUGUUCUGUUUCUGUGUGUGUGUGUGUGUGUGUGUGUGUGUGUGUGUGUUUAUUUAUUCCUCUUAUUAAAGCUCCACCUGGACGUCACAAAUACAGUUUUAUUAUUUAAACAUAGUUAUUAUAUUAGAGUUUAAAUGAGCUUUAUGGAUCCGUUGUAUAGAAUAUAAACUUUAUAUAAGAACUCUUCUUUUUACUACUUUUGUAUUUUCUGGUAGUGUUUCAGUCACAUAAACACAUAAUUUAUUUCCCGGCUGCAUGAACAGUUGUUGUUUGCACAAUCAGUUGUUAUUUAUGUCCCUUUUUUCUUUCAUCUAAAAUGAUUUAAAUGUAACAUAAAGCUGCACUAAGCCAGAGUUAAAUAAAUAUGACCACAAACGAAAGCGAUUUUUAGAGCUGGAACAGUUGAAUAAAAACUGUUUAAAGCUUCUUAAAUGUGACGAUUGUCGUUAUAUUCUCUGUUGUAUCACUUUAAAUUGAAUAUUUGAGGUUUAAAACAAAACAAUUUGUCACUUUUGGGGGGUAAUUUACCAUUUUGAAAGCAUAAAAUAAGAAUAUCGUAUCGUUUGUUAGCUAGGUUCAUUGUUUCAUUAUUAGCAGGGAGGUCAGCUCAGUUUGUGUGAAUUAUUAAGGUAAAAACACCCUCUGAUUCACUCUCUCUAACCAGUCUCCAUUCAAAAAACGGCUGUUUUAAGGAAAAUUUGUAUUUUUUCACAGUAAAAACUUUAUUUACACAAUCUUUAAGACUUUUUUCUGAUUCUCUUCAGUCUACAGAAACAAUCUGCUCACAUCAUUUACUCAGUAACUUCAUUAACGAACCUGUGAUGAAGAGUUUAACAGACGAACAGACUCUUCAUCGGUUUACUGUGAAACUGAACGAAACUUCUGUCUCAUUCCUGUUUUAAACCCCCUCUGCCCCGAAUAAUCCACACAUUAAAUAUGUGAAUUGACCCUUUAACGUCGCCUAGUGCAGCUUUAACCAUCCAUCAUCUCACCGCGCCGACAAACCAUCGACUGUCUAAAAAUAAAGACUUUGAUUUCAUGACUUUUUAUUAUUUGAGGAAUAGAAAAUGUACGUUAUUUAAUAAAAGUCAAUAAAACGGA